AUGACUGAGGCGGACGUUUUCAACGCCACGUUCGAUGACCUCCCUUACGGCAGCGACGCCCUGCGAAAUCUUACAGCGUUCUUCGGGAACGCCACCGGAAACCCGGCCUCGGACGAACUUCUAGGUCCGCGCUAUCAUAAGCGAGUCCGCAUUAGUAUCAUCGUCACCAUGAUCGUCGUCUCCAUAGUCGGCAAUAGUAUCGUUUGCUGCAACCUACUCGUCAAGCAUCGCCGCCGUCGAGUGUCCAAGGCCCGGGUGCUUUUCCUGAACCUCGCCAUCGCCGACCUUCUGGUGGCCUGCGUCACCAUGACGUCGCAGGUGGUCUGGGAAGUGAUGGGACGGCUGUGGAUAGCUGGCGACGCGUUCUGUCGCUUCUUCAAGUUCCUCCAGACUUUCGCGCUCGUAUCGUCCACCUACAUGCUGGUGGCCAUCGCCGUAGAUCGGCAUAUCGCCAUCGCCACCCCGCUGGCGCCCAGUCCCGACCCGUGGAAGUUGGCCGCCGUCACGUGGGUGGCCUCGUGCAUGCCGUCACUGCCAAACGUGUACGUGUUCCACAGCGUCGAAGUGGCGCCGGGAAAGUGCUUUUGCGCGUCCAUAUUCUACGAUCGCGGAACGCCGCUCUACCACCGCCAGAUCUACAUGGGAUUUGUGUUCUUCAUGGUGUUUGUGGUGCCGCUCGUCCUGCUCAUAGCGUUCCACACUGGAAUACUGUGGACUCUUUGGAAGCACACCGCGACAGGUCGGAAGGUGGGCCAGCAGACUACGUCAUCGCUUCCGCGGGCAAAGAUGAAAACAUUGAAGAUGACAGCCGUGGUAUUCGGUGCCUUCCUGGUGACCAACGUACCAUACAUGGUGCAAGAGGUCAUUCUCGCUUUCGGGAAUCCCGGAAUCUUGGAUGCCAACGUAGUGGCCCUGUUUGGCGUCAUAUCUGCGUCAAACAGCGCCAUCAACCCGUACAUCUUUCUGUACUUCCAGCGGCCGCGCAGAGACGCCAGCAGCGGUAGUUUCUGGCGAAGAGUCUCCCGAUUGGUGAGCGAGUCCCUCACGUGUCACCUGCUCAACAGGGCCCAAACGGAGGCGCAGUUGUCCACAGACCAGGCCGAAGCCUACUCAGCAGCGCGCUUGAACAAGGCUUGCAGCACAGCGACGAACUGCGAUGGCAAACUGUCACCCAGAGACGGCGAGAGGGACAUGUGCUGA